AUGAAAUGUUUAGUUCUUGCUGUCACUAGCGAAAAGCGUGUUUUUCUCAAUCGUCUCAGAGAAUUUGGCAAUGCGAUUUCGAGUACGAUCCUUCAGGAGCUUGCUCCAUCAGUUCUGCGGAAAUUGAAAGGAGAAGAAUUUAAGGACGCAUCGUACUUCGACAAUCCGGCACACACGCCCGGCAAGCUUAUCACACGUUUGGCUACUGACGCUCCCAAUAUCAAAGCGGUCGUUGAUGGUCGUGCGCUUCAAGUCAUCUAUGCUGUGACGGCUAUAAUUGCAUGUUUAGUAAUCGGAUUUGUCUACUGCUGGCAGGUAACGCUGCUCGGUAUGGGGAUGUUGUUUCUCCUGGCUACGACUAUGAUAUGGCUGGCACUAACAAUCAUGAAAAAGAACAUUGAGAAUGUUAAGAAUGACGAAGCAGGACGAGUAAGUUCGUUUCUA